CCUCCCCCCCGCGCCCGCGCCGCUUCCGGCCCUUCCGCCCGAGCCGCGCCGCCGCCGCCAUCAUGGCCAAGAUCAAGGCCCGGGACCUGCGGGGGAAGAAGAAGGAGGAGCUGCUGAAGCAGCUGGAGGACCUCAAGGUGGAGCUGUCGCAGCUGCGCGUGGCCAAGGUGACGGGCGGGGCCGCCUCCAAGCUCUCCAAGAUCCGUGUGGUGCGCAAAUCUAUUGCUAGAGUCUUAACUGUGAUCAAUCAGACUCAGAAGGAGAACUUGAGAAAGUUUUACAAAGGCAAAAAGUAUAAGCCUCUGGAUCUGCGGCCGAAGAAGACUCGUGCCAUGCGGCGCAGGUUAAACAAGCAUGAAGAAAAUCUGAAGACCAAAAAACAGCAGAGAAAAGAACGUUUGUACCCUGUCCGGAAAUACGCCAUCAAGGCAUAAAACGGCAGUGUACUGAAAGUUCUUAACUGUAUUGCCUGGGUAUGUCUCAUUAAAUAGAACUUUGUUUGGAA